AUGGCCACUCUGUCGCAUACUCAAAGGCCCACGGAUCACCAGUCUGCCUCUGAUACCCUCGACCACGCUGCUCCACGCUCCUCUCUCUCGCUCUCGCAUCGGCCGCCUCCUCCAGUUCCGGUCGCUCCUCCUCCAGACGCUCCCUCGUCCGCCGCCGCCGCCGUGGUAGCUCCGCCCGCGCCAUCCCACGUCACAUCCUCCAACUCCAACUCCAACUCCAACUACGGCCACCGUCAUACCCUCUCCUCCGUCUCGAGGCUGAACAAUCGCUCGUCCACCAGCAUCUUCGCCUUGGCCGCCGCUGCCUUGGACCGCACCCAGAGCGCCAUCGCUACCAUCUCGGAGCCCUCCAUUCGGCCUCGACAGUCUAGCGGUGCCCUCUCGCGGCUCUCCCUGCUCACGAGCUCCUCUCCCUCGUCGGAACCCUCCAGCCCGGACAAGUACCACCGUUUGAGAAGCACCUCGAGCCAGUCUCUCCUGGCCGGCUCCAAUUUGGACAGCAAACUCGCUCCCCAGGUCGCCCCGGCGAACAAUCCGCCCUCCCAGCCCUACUCGUCCACCGACCCAAACCACCCGCUUCCGGUCAAGUCUCCCGCUACAGAGAACAAGAUGCAUCAGACAUCCUCGCGCUUGCUGCGCAUGACGGACGAUGACCGGCCGUUCACAAAGGACUUCAAGGAUCUCUUUGCCACCCUGGUCGUUAGUCUGCUACCGCUCUCGGCUCACCGCGUCCGAUUGACAAAGGUCGAGUACACCUUCCUGUCCGAGGAUGCUAUCAACAACCUCGGAUCUCUCAAGUUCUCCCAGUCAAACCGCAUGCCCGACCCCAAGGACCCUUCCCGCAUUGUCACCACCACCACUACCACGACCUUUUCCAUGGCCAAGGAUAUGGCCCGCUCUAUCUGCCAACGUUUCCUCGAGGCCCGUUUUAUCGAAUCGGCCGACGGCAAGUACCAGCAGGUGUACACAAUGAAGGGAUCCGUCUGGCAAUUGACACCAAAGGGCAUCACCGUCCUGGACCGAUUCUGUGCCCGAAAUGGCAUCCAGCAGAAGCAGGUGUCGGAACUUGCUAACCUCGGCGCGACCCAGCUGGUCCUUCUGGAGCGAGAUUCUCAGACUGACAAGCUUCUCCACGAUCAGGGCACCGUUGAGGUCAUCUUCCGCCGCUUCGCCGGUGCUGAGGGUCGCAACGUUAAGCCUACCGUCAACGCCGCCGACUCGGACUCAUUGCAUGAUUACCGGGACGGUCUGACUGGUGUCAAGAUGGCAGCCGAGCGCAAGGUCAAUGGAAAGUCGUAUCGUGACACAUUUACGGGCAAGGCUACGACCGAUUGGCUGAUGGACUGCUCCACCAUUGUCGACAAGCGUGAGACAGUCGAGGUUGCUACCCUUUUCGUCGAGUACGAUCUGAUGGAGCCCGUGGCCCAGGACCGCGCCUACAUGUCCCAGAACCCCGGAUGCAAUGUCUUCCAGCCCACCAAAUACGCCAUCUACCAGCUGUCGCAAAGAGGCAAGGACCUGGUCAGCGGUGCGGCCACGCGAGGACGGGCGUCGGAGAGUGAGGGCGGUAACGCGUCGCAGCGAAACGGAAUCACCAGGGACUCCAACACGCAGCGACUGGACAAGAUCCUGAACGACCCUGCGCUCCGACUUCUCUUCCGCGAGCAGCUCCGCGACACGCACUGCGAGGAGAACCUGUCGUUCUACCAGGACGUUGACGAGUUUGUGCGCAGCUGCAAGGCUGCGACAAGGGCAGCUCAGAAGUCACCCAACACCACAGCCAUGGACAGCAUCAAGGAGAUUAUGGCAUCGGCAUAUGGUAUCUACAAUGCCUUCCUAGCUCCUGGAUCACCAUGCGAGCUCAACAUCGAUCACCAACUGCGCAACAACCUGGCGACACGGAUGACAAAGGCUGUCGGGCAGGACGUGGCCAUGAUCGACACUCUCCAAGAGGUGACGUCUCUGUUCGAAGACGCCCAAAAUGCCGUGUUCAAGCUGAUGGCCAGUGACUCGGUACCAAAAUUCCUUCGCAGCCCCAAGUACGAGCAACAGCUGCGCAACUACGAGUUUGACCUGCUCGGCCGAGGCCCCGAACGGAGCCAGAGCAGAUCAAACCGGAAGUAG